UUUUUCUAUGUACGCAUAUCUACGCGCCUGCUUGCACCUCCUUGGCUUGGUUUCUUCAUCUUCUUGUGACUAUGUGUGACUCAUAAUAACACGGUAUUCGGUAAUGACUUUAGCGAUACAUGCGACUACGUCUCGCUCGCAGAGUGAUUGCCCAAGAUCUGUUCGUCUACGUCAAGAGCAAACGCAAAAAGCGCACUUCCAACCGAAUUCGUCCAUCCGAUUUUAUCAACUCCGACAAUUCUAGAAAAUCAUCUACUGAUGUCAACGUGAAAAAACAGAUUAUAUCUGUAUUAUCUCGAAGAGCCGUUAGAAAAUCAGAGAACAAUAGAAUUGCACACAUAGCCUUUUGAUCGUCGAAAGCAAACGCAAUGAUGGAUACAGAUCCGCCGGAAUUUCUGUCGAAAGACGACGAGAUUCAAUAUUGGAUGGAUUUUGCGAACCAAUUACUUCAAAGGAAAGAUGAUGUUGAACGGGAACUAGAAGAAUUUCAAGAGAAUUCGCAGAUGCUGGAGAAAGAGCUGGAGACCUCUCUAGAGCAAGCAGAAAAAACGAAUAGAGAAUUGAGGCAGAGAAACACGAGACUCGCCACAGAAGUCGAACAAUUGAGAACACGACUGGAUCAGCAGUCUACAGAUUGCGCCAUGUUCCAGGGAAAGGCACAAGAUUUACAGCAACAACACGAGCACCUACUGAAGUAUAUUAGAGAACUCGAACAGAAGAAUGAUGACUUGGAACGAGCACACAGGAUAAAUAGGGUCACGGAAGAGGAAAUAGAAGCUAAGUUUAAUUUGGCUAUAGAAAAGAACGCCUUGCUCGAAUCUGAACUCGAUGAAAAAGAAGGCCUAAAAGUCAUAGUUCAAAGAUUAAUGGACGAAGUUAGAGAUUUGAAGCAGGAGAUACAAGUACAUGAAAGACAUCACGCCGAUAAUAACAAGUCUGUUGAAAGAGUUCGUAGCAUCCUCGAUAGUAAUAAGCUACAAGCUGAAUUGGAGACGAAUUCACCCGCUAGCCAAAUAGUCCCACAAACCAUACCUCAGAAUAAUACGACGACUUCGCCAAUAAAAAUUGGACACGGGAUGGUAGGGGGUGUUAUUGGGAACAACAAUAACAAUAUGAGCCAAACAUUACCGCCCUGCACUAGAAUACUAGCAAUGAAUAUGAUCGGUGACCUUAUGCGAAAAGUCGGGGCGUUGGAGAACAAGCUGAACACGUGCAGAAAUGCGUUCCGAGAAGAUCAAGUUCGUGAUCUCUACAGAGCUAGACGACAGGUCCGAAGCCCAGCCACAGGAAACAACAACCACAUUCGAUUAUAAGCGAAUUUAAUGGAAAGAACAUAAUGUCGCAGCGAUCAUAUGUCCUGUUGCGAGAUCCCAAUAUUAAAUUAGUUGGACAUUUCCUUGAUGACGGACUUCUGUUCAAGUUUCAUUAAGUUAGCUGCUGAGAGAGUUCCCGCAAGAUUGGUAUCACCAUGCUUCAACAUAAAAAAGUCAUUUCUGGUUUGUGAAGACACGAGGUGGUAGAUUCUGAUACGUAUUUCUUUUUGGCCGUGUAUGGGUUUUCCCAUUAGCUAUGUUCCAUAUUGCCUCGACAUUUGUUGCGAUAUCUUGCUAGAAAACAUCGUACGGAAUAAUAAUUAUAACGGCAAGUCGAUAAAUCAUCACUGUAAAAAAUAUUCGUUUGCUUCAAGUGAGAUAGAUAUUGAAUAGCUGCUGUAAUUAUUACGAGUGAUAUUUUUUAAUAACAUCGACAAAAACGUUAACAGAAUACGAUAUCGCCGCACAGCCGUACCAUAAUUUACUCCGUUUUUUUUUUUUCACAUAAUAAAACGUAAAAGAUAUAUUUUAUUAUAAAAAAAGAAAAUCUACAGUGAGUGCAAAAAGUAAUUCGUACACAGGAGACACAUAUAAAGAAAAAACUAUUUUUAGA